AGAUUUUCACACACAACAGUCUCUAGAGUGAAAAACAAAAAACAUGCUGUGUUCUGCAGGCUUGUUGAUGAGAGAGAUCAGAGGAGAAUGAGCAGACUGGUCUGAGCUGACUGGAAGUCUGUAGUAACUCAAAUAAUCACUCUUUCCAACCGUGGUGAGCAGAAAAGCAUCUCAGAGCACACAUUGAAACCUUGAGGUGGAUGAGCUACAACAGCAGAAGACACAUCAGGUUCCACUCCUGUCACUGAGACUAUCACGGGCAAAAACUCACCCAGACUGGAAAGCUGAAGACUGGAAAAAGACCGGGUGAUUUUUAUGUAUAUUUUUUUCUUCUAAUUUUCAACUGUCCAGUCUGGGUGAGUCUGUGCCCAUGAUAGCCUCAGAUUCUUGUUCUCGGCUGACAGGAGUGGAACCUGAUGUGCUCUUCUGCUGUUCGAUGUGUUGUGCAUGUUGAAAUGCUUUUCUGCUCACCACAGUUGUAAAGAGUGAUUAUUUGAGUUUUGAUAUCCUUCCUGGCAGCCAAACCAAUCUGGCCAUUUUCCUCUGAACUCUCUCAUUAACAAGGUGUUUCCACCCACAGAACUGUCGCUCACUCAGUGUUUUUGUUUUUCGCACCAUUCUGUGUAAACUCUAGAGACUGCUGUGUGUGAAAAUCCCAGGAGAUCAGCAGUUUCUGAAAUAUUCAAACCAGCCCAUCUGGUACCAGCAUCCAUGCCACAGCUAAAGUCACAGAGAUCACACUUUUUCUUCAUUCUGAUGUUUGAUGUGAACAUUAACUGAAGCUCUUGACCUGUAUCUACAUGACUGUGCUGCUGCCACAUGAUUGGCUGAUUAGAUAACUGCAUGAAUGAGCAGCUGUACAGGUGUUCCUAUUAAAGUGGACGCCUGUUGAAAAUUCAGGACAACAGAAUCCAAAAUCUAAAGAGGCAAAAUGGCAACCACAGAAAAGACGUCAAACUACCUUCUGACAUUCACAGCCAUCUUACUAAUGAAAACGUGUGUUGUGGAAACACAAGGAUUCCUUGAAACAUCAGCCUACACUGCUGAGCUUAAUUCCAAAGAUGGGCAACUCAAUCACUCAAGACAAAAACGAGAAACUAGUCCGUAUGCAGUGCAAUACAUCGUGGUGGUAGAGGUAAAUGUCUCUGAAGUGAUUUUGAUACAGCAACUCAAAUCAUUAUUCAAUCUUCAGAUAGACAACUCCACUAAAAUCUCUUCUGUGGAAAUAACCACUGUGUGCCAAUUAAAUGACACUGGAUACCAAUGCAGGUGUGAGGAUCAGUAUUUUUGGCCAUGUGACAAGUGCAUGGAAUAUGGGCCAUGCAAUAAUGGCACCGCCAAUUCCUCCUGUUAUUGCAUCAAUGGUGUUCCAAGUGAUGGACAGUUCUGCCAGCCAAUAAGUAACAUAUCAAAUGGAACAUGUCCAACUCCACCCCCAGCAACAGAGACCCCAAAAAAUAUGUCACUGACAAUAGAUGAAAAGUUUGACAUUGCACUCACCAACCAAAACAGUGCGAAGUACAACAAAUAUAAAACCACACUUGAGAAUUUGAUUAAUAGUAGUUACCGAAACAUGGCUGGCUACAAACCUGGCUCUGUGAGAAUUCUCAGGUUCAGGCCUGGCAGCAUAAAUGUAGACUUUACAAUUACCACAACCACGAAUGAACUUGAUUUUAGAUCGGCAAACUCAGAGCUCUCUCAAGUACUUACUGCAAAUGGAUUUAAAGUUGCUGAAAAUGCUUUUGCUUAUAGUGUGGAGUAUGACCUAGUCCAAAGCACAGGAAAAAUAUAUCCUCUGCAGGAUGUGCAGUUAAAUUGUACUCUUCCAACUGGAGUAAUGGGAAACAUUCAAUGGCGAGUGGAUGGAGUUGAUCCUUUUCUAAAUUCUGUAAAAUAUAACAUCCUUAAUAACAACCGCACUCUUAAAGUAAUAAGUGUGAGUGCAGUUGACAGUGGUGUAUAUGAAUGCAUAACCGAAAACAAUUCACUGAGAUUUAUCCAGUGGCAAAGAAUUGUGAUUCAGCCAUAUCCCAGUAUCCAAGUAGAUCCUGAUAAAGUGUUUAAAUGUGAUGAUUUGUCCAUACCGCUACAGUGCUGUGCCUACAGCAGCUAUACAAUUGAGUGGACCAAGGACUCCCUGUCUCCACUGACACCUCCAGGUCCAGGGUCCGGCUGCAUCACGUACAACUUUGCUGUCCAGAAACAGGAUUGUGAGGCUGGUGAAAAACAAGUCAUUUUCACAUGUCGACUUUCAGAGAACAGCCUGAGUGUGUUAAGUUAUAGCUCAAAAAACAUAUCAAUCACUAUAACCAAAAAAGCAUUCUACUGCUCUGAUAGCAGCUUCGGCGUUGGGACUGUAAACCAGACAGCGUUCAGACAAUGUGAGGGAGAUGAGACUGGCAUUAAGUGGGCAGUGUGUAAUAAAACAGGCCAGUGGAGCAUAAUAUCUAACAACUGCACCCUUCGUGUCAUCCAGAACCUGGCAGAUAAAGCUGAAUAUUUAGACGUAGAAGAAGUGCCACUGUUUGCUGCUAAUCUCAGUAACACUGCAGAAGAGAAUUCUGAGAAUAUAACCACAGUUCCUGUGAAUCUCUUGAAAGUUGUUGAUUUACUCAGCAGACUUGCUAAUAUUUCAAAAACACAAUCAUUUACAGUGGACAAAAACACGAUGGAGGAUUUCCUCAAAACUGUGGCUGUCAUUACAUCAGAGAAAGCCCAGGAAACAUGGAAGAGUUUCAACGAUGACAAUACAAACCAGAAUGCUAGCACUGUGCUUCUUCAGUCAAUCCAAAGUAUUGGAAGCAGUCUCUCAAAUGAGAAUUUUUCCAUAUCAACAUCAAAUAUCCAGCUCAUAAGGAAUUUGAAUACCUUAAUCCAUGAAAUGUUUAGCCCAAAUUCUACUACUCAGAUAGGCUUUCCAGACACUAGCAGAUCAUUCCCAGUCACCGUCAUUAUUUUCUCUGAGCUUAACAGUGUGUUACCUGUUCGAAGUGCAACCUACAGUGACGGCAGUGAAACUCACACCAGCAUCAAUGGAGACGUAGCUGUGAUUGAAGGAGAGUCGAGAGUGAACAAUGUCUCCCUUUUUUUUGAUGUUAAAAAUAAGUCAUUAGGAAACCCACAGUGUGUCUUUUGGAACUUUAACCUUUUAAAUGGAACUGGCGCAUGGGACUCUGCUGGGUGUGAACUAAAGCCACUAAGUAAUCAAACUAAAAGGUUAACAUGCGAGUGCAACCACACAACCUCUUUUUCUAUCCUGAUGUCACCAGUUAUCCCGGAUAAUGAAACCUUGGCCUAUAUAACGUACAUUGGUGUAUGUAUUUCAAUGGGCAGCUUGGUUUUGUGCCUUAUCUUUGAAAGCCUUAUCUGGAAAUCAAUGUCAAAAACUGAUACAUCUUACAUGCGCCACGUCUCCAUCGUCAACAUCGCUCUGUCCCUGCUGGUUGCGGACAUAUGCUUCAUUAUUGGAGCAGCAAUUGGGAAAAAAGGGCAGAAGACACCAGUGGGUCCCUGCAGUACAGUGACAUUCUUCAUCCACUUCUUUUACCUCGCUCUCUUCUUCUGGAUGCUGCUGUCUGCGCUCUUGCUUCUCUACCGCACGGUCGUAGUGUUCUCCAGGAUGUCCAGGACCGUGAUGAUGACCAUAGCCUUUACUGUAGGCUAUGGAGCCCCAUUAAUAAUUGCCAUUGUUACUAUUGCAGCAACAUCUGGAAAUGGAGGAUACAUUCAAGAAGACAAUACUUGUUGGCUCAACUGGUAUAAAACUAAGGCUAUACUGGCGUUCGUGAUUCCAGCCCUGGCCAUUGUGGCUAUAAAUCUCCUGGUGCUUAUAAUAAUUGUAUGUAAGAUACUGAGGAGUGGAACUGGUGCCACCAUUCAACGAGAUGAGAAACAUGCCAUAGUAAUGAUUGCCAGGUGUGUGAGCAUUUUAACACCUCUCUUUGGUCUAACUUGGGGAUUUGGGAUUGGGACCAUGGUGUCAUCAGCCUUUGGGAUUCACUUGGUGUUUGCAAUCCUUAAUUCACUACAGGGCUUCUUUAUUUUAGUUCUUGGAACUCUGAUGGACAAUAAGAUUUUUGGGGUGCUGCUAGGAAGGUGGAAGCAGAAGAACAUUAGCUCUAACCGUACUGGGAGCAUCAUUGAAGGCUCAUCACCUUCUAAAGUAAGGGGUUUCUACCACAUAUUCCCAAGGAGAUAUGUGUACCAUGUAUCAACUGCUGCUUAUUCUUCACAUGUACCGUCAAGCAACACGGAAACUUUUAAGUUCACUGAAAAAUAAUGCAUCUUACAGCACAGCUGUCACUGCCCAUGCAAAUAGAGCGUACCAUCCACGUGACAUCUAUGACUUGACGAGUCAAUUCCAUGUAAAAAAAAAAAAAUGUAUCUUUAAUGCAUGAUCUAAUUUAAGAACCAGAAAUGAUUUAUUACAUUAAAGGAAUCCUCACACAAUUAUUAUUUAAUAUUUGUGAUUUACAUUUCAUUAUACCAACUGAUUUAACUUCAUAAAUAAACAGCUAUUGCAGUGCUAA